AUGUACAUAUCUUCAAGCUGCGGAACACCUUUGCAUCCUUUGAGCACUUUAAGGGCGCUUGCCUCCCGUAUGCCAUGCGCUAGCCCCCUUCUUGUACGUGCAGGGUACACCUUGGCCGAAAACUAUUCUUAUUGGGGCGGAUGGCUUACUUUUUUAGCGCGGUUGCUCCUACAAUUAAAAGCGCAUACUUUUUACCUUUCCACGACCAAGUAUACAUUUCCGGAUGUUCCGCUUCCAAGGAAAUCCAGAAAACUAUAUUCCGCCCUGGGGUUCCGAUCUUUUGAGAUUGACCGUAGCUUUGACUGCAAAAACUGGGAUGUAACGUGCCUUUGGUCAAAUGGAAAAUGGAUCCACCCGUCCACAGAUGCCGUCCCCUCCGAGUGUAUGAAAAGAUGGUUUAAUUCGACUCCAUCAUUUAACCAGGAGGAUUUCCUGUCCAGGAUACUCCUUUUAGAUCAAUUUACUCGAAACGCGUUUAAGGGCACCAAGCAAAUGUUUUGUGGAGAUACGUAUGCCCUUGCACUGGCAAAGCGAAUGAUGGCAUUCAAUCUUGACGAGGCUCUGCAUCCACUGAUGAGAAUUUUUGUGUAUCUUCCGUUUGAGCAUUCCGAAGAUAUUGAUGACCAAAAAACGUCACUGCAGCUCUUUUCAAAGCUGUUUCACGCCCAAUCUUCCAGUGUUGACAGUUUGCUUUUUUCAAUCUCUUCAGAUUAUGCUGCACGCCACCAUAAGCUGCAGCAUGCUGGAUGUGCAGUAGAAAUCAAGUGGCAUCUGGGUGAUAUUAACGCGAAUUUAUUUUCAUCGAACUGGCACAGGAACAACGGCAUUGAGGCUAUUGCUGAUCCCAGUACUGAUGGUGUUGCUCACAUCAGCACUGCUGAUGUUGGUACUGAUGCUGCCCACGAAAUCAAUUGA